UUUUAUUUGACUUCUUGAACUGUCUGAUGCCAAUGACAGAAAAAUUCAGUGCAAGCUAAUUCUUAUAUUCUUCUACAAAUUAUAUGGCACUAAAGUACUGCAAAAGGAAACUAAAAAUAAUGGGAAAACUUCACUACCUUUCCGUGUUUAUAGUGGUGGUCAUCUUUAUGUGUGAAGGUAAAAAACAAUUCAGUGUCUCUAAAACUCUCAGUUACAAGUAUGUCUGUCACAAAUGGAUGAAGAAAAUAGAAAGUCGCACACUUUUAUCGGCUAUAUCAAUACCUGGAACACACCAAAGCAACAGAUACUUAAGAAGUACAACACCAAUGUUCCAAGCAUGGGGAUUGCACAACCAACUGGAUGCAGGUGUGCGUUUUUUUGACAUAUACGUUUCCUCCGACAGCAUCAAGUACGUUAAGACUGGAAACGUCCAGGAAUCAGAGACCCUUACUUAUUUUUUAAAAACUAUGCUGACGUUCCUUGUAAAACAGAAGAAAGAGACACUGUUGCUUAGAGUGACUCCAGAUGAGGGUGCUGUUGCUCAAGUCACAAAAUUGUUAAGCAGUGAUAAAUUUUUAAGACAUCUGUGGAGGGACAAAGACAUUCCAACACUGGGUCAGGUGAGAGGCAAGAUAGUCUUGAUUCAGAGUUCAAAAUUAGAAUUGGGACUCCCUGUUCACGUCACAGAAUUGAAUGUAGACAUGGAAUCAAAAGAAACACAAAUGAGAGAAAAUAUCAAGUUAGCUUCACAGAAGUGUGAGCAGGAGAUGAUGCUUACAUACACUGGAGCUAAUGGAGAAUCAGAGGAGCCAAUUGAAAUUGCAAAAACAGUGAAUAAACAAGUUGAUGAUUAUCUCCUUGAUCUUAAGGGAGACACAGAUAGACCACAUUGUGUCGGUAUAAUUGCUAUGGACUUCCCUGGUCCGAAAGUCAUCCAGACAAUCAUCCAUUUUAAUGGGAAAUUAGGGGAGGGGUCACAGAUUGUAGGUGACUCAGGAAGCAAUGAAGAUGUUGCUCUGCUUGAUUCUGACAUUUUUGAAAGUUUUGAAGAAGAAGAAGCUUCUUCAGCAAAAGAAAAACCUCAGUCCGCAAAGAGUAAAGAAUCUUCAGAAGAAGAAUCUCAGCCCCCGGAAAGUGAAGAAACUUCAGAAGAAGAAUCUAAGCCCACAGAAGGUGGAGAAACUUCAGAAGAAGAAUCUCAGCCCCCGGAAAGUGAAGAAACUUCAGAAGAAGAAUCUAAGCCCGCAGAAGGUGGAGAAACUUCAGAAGAAGAAUCUCAGCCUGCAGAAGGUGGAGAAACUUCAGAAGAAGAAGAAUCUAAGCCCGCAGAAGGUGGAGAAACUUCAGAAGAAGAAUCUCAGCCUGCAGAAGGUGGAGAAACCUCAGAAGAAGAAUCUCAGCCCGCAGAAGGUGGAGAAACUUCAGAAGAAGAAUCUCAGCCCCCAGAAAGUGGAGAAACUUCAGAAGAAGAAUCUCAACCUGCAGAAGGUGGAGAAACCUCAGAAGAAGAAUCUCAGCCCGCAGAAGGGGGAGAGAUCUCAGAAGUAGAAGAAUCUCAGCCCGCAGAAGGUGGAGAAACUUCAGAAGAAGAAUCUCAGCCUGCAGAAGGUGGGGAAACUUCAGAAGAAGAAUCUCAGCCUGCAGAAGGUGGAGAAACUUCAGAAGAAGAAUCUCAGGCUGCAGAAGGUGGAGAAACUUCAGAAGAAGAAUCUCAGCCCUCGGAAAGUAAAGAAACUUCAGAAGAAGAAUCUCAGCCUGCAGAAGGUGGAGAAACUUCAGAAGAAGAAGAAUCUAAGCCCGCAGAAGGUGGAGAAACUUCAGAAGAAGAAUCUCAGCCUGCAGAAGGUGGAGAAACCUCAGAAGAAGAAUCUCAGCCCCCAGAAAGUGGAGAAACUUCAGAAGAAGAAUCUCAACCUGCAGAAGGUGGAGAAACCUCAGAAGAAGAAUCUCAGCCCGCAGAAGGUGGAGAGAUCUCAGAAGUAGAAGAAUCUCAGCCCGCAGAAGGUGGAGAAACUUCAGAAGAAGAAUCUCAGCCUGCAGAAGGUGGAGAAACUUCAGAAGAAGAAUCUCAACCUGCAGAAGGUGGAGAAACCUCAGAAGAAGAAUCUCAGCCCCAGGAAGGUGGAGAAACUUCAGAAGAAGAAUCUCAGCCCACGGAAGGUGGAGAAACUUCAGAAGAAGAAUCUCAACCUGCAGAAGGUGGAGAAACCUCAGAAGAAGAAUCUCAGCCCCAGGAAGGUGGAGAAACUUCAGAAGAAGAAUCUCAGCCCACGGAAGGUGGAGAAACUUCAGAAGAAGAAUCUCAGCCUGCAGAAGAUGGAGAAUCUUCAGAAGAACAAUCUCAGCCUGCAGAAGGUGGAGAAACCUCAGAAGAAGAAUCUCAGCCCGCAGAAGGUGGAGAAACCUCAGAAGAAGAAGAAUCUCAGCCCGCAGAAGGUGGAGAAACUUCAGAAGAAUCUCAGCCCCCGGAAAGUGGAGAAACUUCAGAAGAAGAAUCUCAACCUGCAGAAGGUGGAGAAACCUCAGAAGAAGAAUCUCAGCCCGCAGAAGGUGGAGAAAUCUCAGAAGAAGAAGAAUCUCAGCCCGCAGAAGGUGGAGAAACUUCAGAAGAAGAAUCUCAGCCCCCGGAAAGUGGAGAAACUUCAGAAGAAGAAUCUCAACCUGCAGAAGGUGGAGAAACCUCAGAAGAAGAAUCUCAGCCCGCAGAAGGUGGAGAAACCUCAGAAGAAGAAGAAUCUCAGCCCACGGAAGGUGGAGAAACCUCAGAAGAAGAACAAGAAUCUCACUCUUUGGGUGAGAAACACCAUGCCCAAAGUAGCCAACAUCCCAGAAAAAUUAUUAUUAAGAUAAAUUGCCACAAAGUUCACUCAAGACCCAAACCAUCUCCUUUACUUUAAACAUUUUUAGUGGAAUGAUUCUUAGUGGAACCUCUUUUUAGAGUAAACAAUUACCACUGAAAUAUUGAAUAGUUACAGAUCUUUUUUCUCUAUCUCUGUAAACUACAACACAUACAUAAACACAUCCUGUCAGUCAAAUAAAACAUACAAACAUAAAAUACAUCAUUCAUUAUUUGCAUGUCUAUUACAAAAAGACUGAAACAAUUAGGCAUGUGAGAGGAGACUAGUUGCAAUCUAUGCAACUAACUGUGGUCUGAGUCAGUAUUCACUUAGGGGUUUCCAAAAUGUUAAUGAUUCUGUAAUUGUUGUUUUCUUGACAUUUGCGUUUCUUGAAUCCAAGAUAACAUCAAUAAAAUGUGAAAAUAUGUGGCUGUUGGUGAAGAACUAAUAACCUGGAGUAAUAGUGAGAAUUUAAAAAGCAUCAAGAUUACGCCCUCACUUCUCACUGUCCUGUGCUAUAUAAAGAUAGGGGAAGUGAAAUUAACAAAUGUAGAACAUUAAUGUUUGCUCAAUAACGUUUUUGCCUCUUUCAUUUUAAUUGAAGAAACUCAUUCUUAGAACAAUUUCUUGUAAUGUUUCAAAUCAAUAAAUAUAUAAAUAAGAUAAUGUUAUCGUUAUUAUGCCGAUUUUACGAAUUCAACAGUGUCACACAUAUCAACAGUACAUUAAUAAAAUGCUAAUUAGCAUUAAUAAAACAGGUAGAUUCUUUGCAAGUUAAUCAAAGACCUUUAUCUUCUUAUAAAUAACUAUUGUUAAAAACUAAUGAGAAUAGUUCUGGAUGUUUCAUUAGGCUAUAGUUUCUUUAGAUCAUGGGUUCUGGGUUUUCUAGGAAAUAAAAAGUGGAACUUGAUGUUCUCAUAUGACAUCAGUUCUCAUGACGUGUAAAGCACUUGAUUCUAGCGGAAUUUUUUUUAUUUUAAAACGAGUUAAGAAGGAAAACAUUGACUGUAUUAUCAAGCAUUCAUUUACAAUUAGUGAGUUUAUGACAUAGUGGCAAAAUACAUAUAUUUUUUAUAGAUAUUAAAUUAAUUUAAUUAAUUAUUAAAUUAAAUAAAAACGAGAAA